AUGCAAGCACUCUCUUUAUACAUUCAAAUUGGAGCCGGCGAAGUCGGUGGUGAAAAAGAGACAACAGCGCCAUCAGGAUGUCCUCAAAUUGAGGUUAACCUAUCAAAUAGUCUCUCACCUCUCCGAAAUUCAUCAGAAUUGUCAGGAAGGCAACCUGUCGGAACGACGGUCAUUCACAUGUGCGCCGUCUCGUAUGUGUUCCCAACGCUUCAACAACCGCUGAAGAUCUACGAGUGCAUGGAGGGUGGGAAAUGGACUGAUAACAACAACGGCGAAAAAUGCGAAUACGUUGCACCUCGUCAGAAGAAUUCUGCAGAUCUAUAG